AUGACGGCAGCAGCAGGUGGUGGACCGGAGAUUCUUAACAACAGUAGUGGUGGUCAAUGGGUGGAAGGAAGCAGUCCUCCGGCGAUGAUUUGCAAAGGGAGGAAGACGGAGACGAUCGUUGUAGUCAGUGGUUCAAAAGAUGACGAGAAAGGGUGCUUGGGCUGCUGUAAUAGACGAGCAACAACCAAGAAAGGAAAAGGGGGUGUUUGGGUGAUUCAGUCGACAGAAUGGAUAGAAGGAGGGUGA